GCUUUAUAAGCGUGCUCGAGAACGCUUCAAAGCCAGUUUUCUUACAACGUUACUCGAGAAACACCGUCCGUUAUGCAGAGAAUAGUUCUUAUCGUCUUUGUUGCGUUGGCGGUGGUGGUACUGGCAGAAGGCCAGUAUUACGUGCCUCGCGCAUACUACACCAUCGACACUGAGGGACAUGCAUCACAACCAGUACCGCUGAGACGUCUGCGGCGCUCGUUCAACCCCUACCCAUACGCUAGUGGUGCUAACGCCAAUGCGAAUGCUAACGCUGCAGCUCAUGGCGGUGAUUCUAACGCUAAUGCCAACGCUAACGCCCGAGCAGAUGGAGGCUGGGCUCCCCCCGGCAUGGGAGGAUAUGGCGCAUCCAAUCCUAACGUCCUAAGGCACUAGAGGCAGCAGAUGUAACCUAGACUAAUUACAUGGUGUCGGCUCAUGCAUCCAUCCUGUACAACUUUUCCACCAGUAGCACGCGGAGCCCGCUGCGUGCGUGCGCAUAUCGUGCUACUGCCGGAAGACACUAUUUAUUGUAACUAAUAUAUUCAUGGGUAAUAAAUGUAAUUUACGAGUUCUUGUA